CGAAAUAACGAAAAAUAUUUCAAAUCCAAAAUUUUUGAAUUUUUUGGCAAAUACCAAAAUAAAUUUAGCCGGCGAAAAAUAACCGUAAUUUUGGGAAAUAUUCUCCCGCUUUGUGGACAGCAAUCAGAUUACUAACAUACUACAUAUAAACAUACAUAGAUUGGUGGUGUUCCAUCACACUCAGUGCUGCCAGGAUGGCCGCCACUCGACAAUUGACUUUGGGCUGUGGAUUCGUUGUGCUGUUGCUUGCUGUUUGUCAACCAAAGGCAACGGAUGCACAGUUCUUCUAUCCUCAGCAACAGUUCUUCAACCCCCAGCAAAGGUUCGUGCAGCAACCGCAUCGCUUUACCCGCCAAGGCUCCGUUUCGCGCGCCAACAGCAACGCUUUUGAAAGGGAAUUCGAUCUUGGUCCAAUCGGUCUUGAGGAGGGUGUGACCAAUUCACGCGCUGUCACCCGACAAAAUGGCGGCCAACGUAACGGUGGUGUAACUAGCGUAGCCCAGAGCAAUGCCAUCAAUCGCGAACUGAAUCUGGGCGGACUAGACAUCGGCAGCACACUCACACGCACCCAGACACGCACCAAUGGCGCUGUGUCACGCGGCGUUGCUCAAGAAUUCAAUGUCGGUAACCUGGGAUUUGGUGGCUCAUUGUCGCGCGAUAAUCUACGCAGAGGUUUUGGUUUGGCACGUGACCCCAACGGUGGAACUGAUUUGAAUUUGGGUCCGCUAAGCUUGAACUUAGAUCGCCUUUCUCCACAGAAUAAUCAAGCGGCUUCAACUCAGGCGCAAGUGAAUGCACAGGGCCAAGGUGCACGUGCACGUGCCAAUAGCGACUCAAACCAGCAAUCUCGCCAGUUCGGUGGCUUGCGCAUCACCGAUACAUCUUCACGUUCGAACGCAUUCGGUCGCGUCAGAAAUGGACAAACUUCAGCUAAUACUGGCGGCUUUGCUGGUGGUGCUAACACUAUUGCCAAUUCAUUUGGUUUCCCUUUCUUACGUAGACGCCGUGGCGUUAAUCGUCGUGCGACAGCUGCAUUCACACAACAACGCUCCGCGCGGCCCAAACGACGCGCACAGUUUAUUCCCUUUGGAUAUCCAAACCAGGCUUUCCAACAGCAACAGCGGCGCCCACCUUAUCCCCAACCAGGUGCCUUCUUUUUUCCCAGUGAUAGCAAUGCCCAGUCUCAAGGCGUAGCCGAAAACAAAGGAGAUCGCUUUGAUCAGCAAGCCGGCUCCAACUCGCACUCAAAUCAACACGUAACCAAAGACGGCGCCUCGCAAGACAAUGGUGCCUCCGGUAUUGGCUCAAAUAUAGCCAAAGAUGGCUCGAGCGGUCAGGUGAGCUCUGCUAAUGCAAAUAAUCAAAAUAUGCAAACUAAGGACGGCAGUUCCAGUUCCAAUGACGCGCAAAGUCAGUCACUCAACUUUGAUUCCAACCAGCAGCAGGCAUCAUCGGCCAACGCUGGUACGACACACACUCGCAACAAAGAUGGCGAAAACAUUAGUUCGCAUGGCAACUCACAGUCAACGAACAACAAUCAAUUUGGCUCAUCGAGUAACACAGCCAACAGCAAAACGAAUGUUGUGCGUAAUGGUAAUUCAGAAAGCGUUACAGCCGAUUCAAACAGUCAGUCGAUCUUCCAGGGCGCCAACGGUCAGAAUGCUGGCGCUUCCACGAACUCCAAUGUAAAUUCACAACGUGGACCCGAUGGUUCAGUGAGCAACUCUGCGUCCAGUAAUGCCUCGGCUAGUAGCCAAGGUGGUGGUAAUACGAAUGCAUCAGCUUCCUCCUCGGCUGGUAGUGCUGGCAAUAAUGCGUUUACCAAUGCAAAUGCCAAUGCUGGUGGUUUCAAUAAUAACUUUGCUGGAUUCGGUGGUUUUGGUGGUUUUAACAAUUUCGGCGGUUUUGCUGGUAGGCCGCAAAAUAACAGACGUGCCCAAGGUGGAUGGUUCCGAUGAAACAGGGAAGUAAGAAACUGACAAAAGAGAGUUUGUUUCAAUUAUGCUGAACUUUUUUUAGAUUAUGAAUAAACUAAUUUAUAUGUAUGCAUGUAUGUUAAUGUUUUAUGUUGUUGCAUAUAAAGUUGUGAUUGUU